UAAUAUUUGUUUUCCUUCUUUUAGAAAAGUAACUUAUUACAUCAUGGGAGAUGCCGAGGAAUUUGCUGGACUAGAUAUAGAAGCAUACAGCCCCUAUGCAAUUCGAAAUAAUUUAGCACUAGUCGAAUAUUGUCGCGCUUUCUUGGCAUUGAUGUCAGGUUCGGCCGCUGGAAUAUUAGGGUUGACUGGACUUUACGGUUUUGCUUUCUAUGGUAUAGUUUCUUUGGCCAUGUCUAUCUUACUGGCUUUAAAAACUCAAUCGAAAUACGAUCGAUACUUUCUGACAAAGAUGCAUGUUUGGACGAAUGGUGUAUUUGGUGAACUUUUUACUUAUUUAUUAGUUUGGACUUUCAUGUAUGGAAUGAUUCAUGUGUUUUAAUAAAUAUAUUUUGUUGGCA